CACCUUCUCUCCUUAGCUUCUGUUUUACAGCAGAUCAGACAUAGAAACAGAGAGAGAGAGAGACUUAAAACUCUCUCCCCUACAAGCAUGCAAACCCCGAACAAUGGCAUAUUUUCCACUUCUGCCCCUCCCACUUCCCUCAGCUUUCGUCUAGCCGUCUCCUCUGACUCUCUCGCUUCUCCGAAUUCCGACUUCCAUGGCGGUCUCCGACGUCAAGGCGGUGCUCGAAUUCCUCCAGAAGAACGGCUUCUGGGAGGCCGAGUCGGCCCUCAAGGCCGACAUCGUUGAGAAGGGCGACCUCCGCUGCUCCGAUUACGAGAAAUUCCUCUUCCCGAUGGUUCCCCCGCCGCCGCCGGUCAGAAUUCCGGCGACUUCCCGGCGAUCGGAGACUCCCGCGGGCGAUAAUUUCCCCGGAUCGAUCCCCUCCGCGUCCUCCGACGAUGAAUUCGUCAGCGUGGAUUCUUCCACUUCGGAUAUUUGCUCUUCAGAGUUCACGAAUCCUUACGGAAUUCGAUCGACAAGUCCGGGGAAUUCGAGAUCUUCUUCGGAAGAAUUGUCUCAAUUCGGGACCGCAAGGGAUUACCAUGAUUUCGAUAUGCAAAAUGAUUUGUUUUGGUACAAUGAGAAAGAUGAUGGGGACUUCAUGACUCCCUCUUUUGAAGGGCCUGACUACUUUGGUUGUCCCAGUGAGGACAAGUUCAUCAUGACUUCGGAUUUAGAUAAGCAGUGGGAGAACCCGGGAUUGGGUUUGAAUUACAAUUCUAAAGAUAUUGUAUCAGAAAUAAGUAUCGAUUACUUGGACAAGACAUGUCAUUUUAGUAUCGGUCCCGUACACAAUGAAAGCGAUGUUCCUCGGACGGAUUAUGAAGCAGGACUUGAGGGAGAUCAUCCUGGCAGCUGUGUUCACUAUGAUUGUUCAAUCCCCUUUUGUGAUUGUUCUGCAGAAGCCAAUGGGUUUUAUGGUGAAAAUCAUGGAAAGGACAGCAACUUAAGCAUGAAACAAUCUGUUUUGGGUGAUGUCGAUGUAAAGGUUGUCGGGGAUAGUACUGAAUCAGACACUGAAUCCGCUCGACAUAUGGGAAUAGACGAGAGUACUUACUGCGCUGCUAAAAAGGGUUCUGUGCAUUUCUGGGAUGAAUGGUUAAAUGGUUCUACUGGUUUAUGUGUAAAAGUCCCAGAGAAAGAUUUCAUGGUAAAUAAAAUUAGCAAAUACGAAGUGGAAAAUUGUGUCACGAAUAAAGAGACUGAUGAGCUCAAGGCUGCUGAAAACUUUGAGGGCAUUGCCAAUGAUGAGAUUUUAGCUUAUACUACUCGUGAGGAUGAGUAUGAAGUAUUUGAUCUUAGAAUCAUACACAGAAAAAACAGGACUGGAUUUGAAGAAAACAAGGAUCUGCCAAUUGUGCUAAAUACUGUCAUUGCUGGCAGAUAUUGUGUAACAGAAUAUCUAGGUUCUGCCGCUUUCAGUAAAGUUGUACAGGCACAUGAUCUUCACACAGGGAUUGAUGUUUGCUUGAAGAUCAUAAAAAACGAUAAAGAUUUUUUUGAUCAAAGUUUAGAUGAGAUUAAACUUCUAAAGCUUGUCAACAAGCAUGAUCCGGCUGAUGAACACCACAUUUUGCGACUCUAUGAUUACUUCUAUCAUCAAGAGCAUCUCUUCAUUGUUUGUGAACUCCUCCGGGCAAACUUGUAUGAAUUUCAGAAAUUCAAUCAAGAAUCUGGUGGAGAGGUUUAUUUUACAUUGAGAAGAUUGCAGGUCCUAACCCGUCAAUGUUUAGAGGCUUUAGAAUUCUUGCAUGACUUGGGAAUAAUUCACUGUGAUCUAAAGCCUGAGAACAUACUGAUAAAAAGUUACAGGAGAUGUGAAAUAAAGGUGAUUGAUCUCGGAAGUAGUUGCUUCCGUACAGACAACCUGUGUCUAUAUGUACAAUCUCGUUCCUACAGAGCUCCUGAGGUCAUCCUAGGCCUCCCUUAUGAUGAGAAGAUUGACAUCUGGUCUCUUGGCUGUAUCUUGGCUGAAUUAUGCUCUGGGGAAGUACUGUUUCCGAAUGAUGGAAUCGUCAUGAUCCUUGCACGAGUGAUCGGUAUGCUUGGUCCCAUCGAUCUGGAAAUGUUGGAGAAAGGGCAAGAGUCGCUCAAGUACUUCACGGAAGAAUUCGAUCUUUAUCACAUAAAUGAGGAGACAGAACAAAUGGAAUACAUAAUUCCCGAGGAAUCCUCCUUGGAGCAUCGUCUCGGAGUUAGCGAUGUUGGGUUCAUCGACUUUGUCAAAAACUUGCUCCAAAUCAAUCCCCAAAAGCGUCCAACGGCCAAAGAGGCACUACAACACCCCUGGCUUUCCCAUAUUUACCCCUUCCAUUCUUUCUGAAUAUCUUCUUCAAAUAAUGAGCCUGGGCCUAGUAAAUACUUCCACUUUCAA